AUGUUCGUUAAAACACUUCUCGUCGCUGCUCUUCCGCUGCUCACCCCAGCUAUCGCUUCUCCCUUGCAGAAGCGCGAUAACGUUGAUCUUUUUAUCUGGGGUAGCGCCAAUUUGCAAGACUAUGACACGUACUAUAGCUUCGCUGCAGGGGCCUGUCAAGCAAUCGCCACCCCAUCGACUGGACACGUUGGCUCUGCUACCGUCGACUUGAACGCUUCCUGCAAUGUCUACGCAUCUUCCGACUGCUCUGGCUCCGUAGCCGGAACAUUUAGCGCUCCUGGAAUCUCGGAUACUGGCUCGCUUAAAAACUCGUUUGGAAGCGUCAAGUGCUCUAUUCCAAGCAGCAGUGCUGCUGCUUCCACUACCGCGGGCGCUCAGGCGAGUGACUCCUGUGCAGCCGUAUAA